UCUUUGUUGUUUUCCAGACCGCGAUUGGAACAAGUAUACCUGCAAUCUCUUGCAAUGACUAGUGGAUAUUGUUUCCAGGCAAGGAAUCGCUAUAUUGAAAAUGAAAACCAAGCAUUCCAACAAAGGAGAAAAGAAACCAGCCUUUGUAAUGCUUGGCAAAAACACCACAUGUCAUCUAGAAGGCCAAGUGAGCACAGCGCCUCCUCGCCCCCCAACUAAAAAAGUUGGUCCUGCAAGGUGUCAUGUAUUUAUACAUAGCUCAUCCCCCUUCGCUGUUUGUGCAGCUGUUCAUCCUGGAAUUUAUUUUUUACUUCCACUUCCCCUUCUCUCUCCAGCUCUUCCGAGGCUUUUUCUUCAUUUUCCUUGUUAUACAUAUAUUUUAAUGAAGGCCUCUUACCUUGCUUUUCUUCUGAGCCUUUGUGCCUUGGUCAUUGCGCAAGAAUUGCCAUCCACUGACCAGCAGCCAUCAGCUAGCGACACUGGCGUUGCUGACACCACAAAGGCCACGCAUACUACACAGAGUACAGAGAGUACGGGGACCACCAAAUCCGAGCCUACUAGCAUGACGCGCUCGGAACCAACCUCCGAUACCACUGAGCAUAUUACCAGCACACCGACCGACAUGGAUACCGGCGACACUGAGACAGUGACCUCAACCACUACUGUGACAUCCUUCCCUCCGAUGCCAACCACCAAACAUUCCUCCGCUAAACACAGCACAGCCGUGGACACAUCGCAUUCUCCGACAUCCACCGAGCCAACACCAGUCUCAACUGACACCUCCACAGGGACACCGUCGCCAACAAAGAAGCCGACUUUACAGGAUAGCAAAAAAAAGUCGAAUCUCCCUACCGGCGCUAUCAUUGGCAUAGUAAUCGGCGGCGUAGUGGUGCUUGCUGGUGCAUUCAUUGCAUUCCUGUUUUGGCGCCGCAGCAAGCAGCGUAGCAAGUUCUCGAGCAAGAUUGACUAUGCCGAGUUCCCUGAAUUUAGUCCCUCCCACUCUAACGCCAACCAGACGAGUGCCUUGCCGCACAACCAAACCACAAAUACUGGGCUUGGGCUAUCGGACGAGUCAGGGCACCCGCAGCAGGGUGUGUUUCUACGUGAGCUCGACGAGGCGUAACAAAAAUCACUUUCAUUGAGUAAUAUAUUUAUCGCGU